GUGUGUGUGUGAGAGAGAGAGAGAGAGUACCUUGUGUGUGUGUGUGUGUGUGAAGCCGGGCUCCGCCGGCACAGCGGCUCCACAGUGAGGAUGGCGGCGGCGGCGGCGGCAGCAGCAACGUGCGGGCGAAGGCUAGCUCGGCGCUCCAGGUCUGCGGUGAUCGCGGCGCUCACUGUGCUCUUCGUGCAGACGCUGCUCGUGUGGAAUUUCAGCAGCUUGGACGGCGAUGAGCGGGGCGGCGGGGAGCAGCAGCGCACUAGCCGGCACGUCCGUGAGGCGCCCAGGAAGGGGCUGCCCUUCGCCGGCCAAGGACUGGAUGUACUUCUUUCACACAAGCCAAAGGAGAAAAACCGAAUUGACAGCAACAAUGAAAAUUCUGUCCCGAAAGACUUUGAAAAUAUCGAUAACAGUAAUUUUGGAUCAAGAACGCAAAAGCAAAAACUGCAAUCGGAAGUGAAAAGUAAGGGCGUGGUCGUGCAGAAGGCCAAGUAUGAGCGGUUGGCUAAAGCCAAGGACCAUUCAAUAUUGGCCAAGAACGGCAAUGAAGUCUUACCCCAGGCGCACUACAAGGCCAAGAAUGCCAGCAACCCCCAACUAAACUAUAAAACCGUGAGUCACUACAAAGGGGGGAUGAUUGGAAAAAGCUCUCAAGAGCUGCACUAUGAGCAGGCUCCGAGAUGUGAAAUUACAGGCAAGGAAGCCUUGUCGGCCCUCUCCAGGGCUAAAAACAAGCAAUGCCGCCAAGAAAUUGCUGAACUGUACUGUCUACAUAAAGAAGGGAAGUUAAUGCCGGAGAAGGUCCCUCGCUUGUGUCCACUGGAGGGGAAAGCAACCAAUACUAUUCAGGCAGAGGAUGAUUCCUUGGACACUCCCCCACCGAACCCAGUCAGAAUUGCCUUUGUGUUGGUUGUACAUGGUCGAGCCUCGCGGCAGUUGCAGCGCAUGUUCAAGGCGAUUUAUCACCAAAGCCACUACUACUACAUACACGUGGACAAGCGAUCAAACUACCUCCACCGGCAGGUGCUGCAGUAUGCGAGUCAGUAUCCAAAUGUGAGGGUCACUCCUUGGCGGAUGGCCACCAUCUGGGGCGGAGCAAGCCUGCUAACCAUGUACCUGCAGAGCAUGCGCGAUCUCCUGGAGAUGAAGGACUGGUCCUGGGACUUCUUCAUUAACCUGAGUGCUGCUGACUACCCCAUCAGAACUAACGAUCAACUGGUGGCUUUCUUAUCAAGAUACCGGAACAUGAACUUCCUGAAGUCUCAUGGAAGAGAUAAUGCAAGGUUCAUAAGAAAGCAGGGAUUGGACAGGAUUUUCUUUGAGUGUGACACGCACAUGUGGCGCCUCGGAGACAGGAAAAUCCCAGAAGGCAUCACUGUUGACGGUGGCUCAGACUGGUUUCUCCUCAACAGAAAAUUUGUAGAAUACGUCAACUAUUCAGAAGACGAACUGGUGACGCACAUGAAGCGGUUUUAUGCCUAUACACUGCUACCCGCUGAGUCCUUCUUCCACACGGUUUUGGAGAAUAGUCAUCUCUGCGGUACAAUGGUGGAUAACAAUCUGCGCAUUACCAACUGGAAUCGUAAGCUGGGCUGUAAGUGCCAAUACAAACACAUCGUGGACUGGUGUGGCUGCUCUCCUAAUGACUUCAAACCCCAAGACUUUCAUCGCUUCCAGCAAACUGCCAGACCAACCUUCUUUGCACGGAAGUUUGAGUCGGCGGUCAACCAAGAGAUCAUUGGGCAGCUGGACUUCUACCUCUUUGGCAACUACCCAGCUGGCACAACGGCCCUGAAGGCGUACUGGGAAAAUGCAUACGAUGAACCCGAUGGCAUCCACAGCAUCAGCGACACCUACCUGACCAUGUUUCACUCUUUCAGUCGCCUUGGCCUCAAGCGAGCAGAAUCUUCCUGGCAUGCCAAUGAGGAAAAUAAAUGCAGAUAUUAUGGCAUGGGUCACCCCGCUUCUGUUCAUCUCUACUUCUAUGCUGACCGGUUCCAAGGCUACUUAUUGAGGCACCAUGCAACAAACCUGGCCACCAGUAAACUGGAAACGCUGGAGACUUGGGUGAUGCCGAGGAAAAUGUUUAAAUUUUCUAAUCCCACGAGUGAUUUUGCACGACUACAGUUUGCUGAGGUUGGCACAGACUGGGAUGCUAAGGAAAGAAUUUUCCGGAACUACGGAGGGCUGAUUGGACCCAUGGACGAGCCGAUUGGCAUGCAGAAAUGGGGCAAAGGUCCCAACAUCACCGUCACUGUAGUCUGGAUCGACCCCAUUAACGUUAUUGCAGCAACCUAUGAUAUUCAGGUUGAUUCUGGAGCUGAGUUCACUCAUUACAAACCUCCGUUGAACUUGCCUCUGCGACCGGGCCUGUGGACAGUUAAAAUACUGCACCAUUGGGCACCCGUGGCUGAAACCAAGUUUCUGGUUGCACCUCUGACAUUCUCAAACAGGCAGCUGAUCAGAAAAGAAGAAGCACUUAAGUUGCACAAUGGGCCACCUAAGAAUGCCUACAUGGAACAAAGCUUUCAGGGCUUGAAUAACGCUCUGAAUAUCCACGUUACUCCGAGUCAAGCGGAACAGGCAAAGCGCAAUGCAGCUCUCAGCGGCUCACAGUUGGAGAACUGGGUGGAUCCCAUGGUGAACAGCUUGUGGUCAGCUGUGGACAUUUGUACCAUUGGUCCCACCUCUUGCCCAGUGAUGCAGACCUGCAGUCAAACAACCUGGAGCUCACAGAGUCCGGACCCCAAGUCAGAACUGGGUCCCAUCAAAGCCAAUGGCCGCUUGAGGUAGCACCUAGUGCACCCCCAAGUCAUUGUGAAAAUGCAAAUUUUCCUGAUAGUGGGAUCAAUUUCUGCAGUUGGGUCUCUCCUUUAGUUCUUAGCAACAGUUCCACGAUGUCUUCACAAAAUUGUGGCAAAGCUAGAGCAGUGCAUUUAAAACUGAAGACAGUGAUGUUCACAAAUGAAGUAUGUGUUAGCUGGGCUGGCAUGAUGAAAGAAACGAUCGUAUUAUCAUGUACGAAAAAGAUAGAAGGAAAUUUUCGCACUCUAUUUAUUUAAACAUUUUAGUCAGUGACUAAUGAGUAGAUGCUGCUUUUGCAGCUUGAUAUCUAUAUCCUACUAAUAAUCUGCCUUUAUUGAUAAAGGCAUAUGCCCUGACUUCCUAUCUUCUUUAACUGUACCUGAUCUAAAAGCCACAGAGGUCUUAAAGCUUCAGUCAACAGGACACUUUGAAUCGAGUGUAAUUGUUGCACCUACUGUAAGAGUGAAAGCCUGUCCUCCUAACAGGAUUACCACACUCUGCUGAAACAGGCUUUUCAGCACUGAAUAAUCCAAGUGUGUAACAGAUGAUCUGAGCAUUAUACUGCAGCCAGGACUGGGAAAUGGAUUCAGAACAUGGUCAUGUGUUAGCAUCCCCACAAUAACUAAUUUGAUUCACUCCUGCUGAGAGUUUUAGGGACCAUCACAAUUUUUCAAGGUAGCAAUUUGCCUAUACUUUUAAAAAUUAUUUUAUCAUACAUUCCUUCUACAGUUAUAGGUUUUUUACGACCUACGAUUUUUUAACAUGUUUUGCCAAGAAAAAAAAGUGAUUGGCACUGCACUUUCAUUGAAGAAGCACCAGAAUUGAGCAUAGCACCAGAAAUGCGAUUUUUAAUUCGGAAGUUUAAGGUGAAGGUACAGAAGUGUAUCUUCCAGUUAGCACUACAGAGGCUGUGGACUCUGUUUCCUUUUGGAAUAACACAGCCACAACUAUAUUGCAAGCUUAGCAGUAGCUGCUGAGGCAGAAUUAACCUAGAAAUAACCUGAAUUAACCUAACCAGCUCUUCAAUAGAUAGCUGAACUGAUAUCUUUUUAUUAACAUCUGAGAUACUUUUUAUCUCCUUCAAGCAUAGUUUGCAUAAUUGAGGCUCUUUGAUUGGAACUAUGGGCUGGAAUUGCUAAAUAUUGAGGAUUCCUGGUCUUUCAAACAUUCGGUAUAAGGUAUAUUAAUUUGAACCUGGCAAACUGCAUUACUGUCAAGGUGACCUUUCUAGCAAUAGGCAAUCUAGCACCAUGUCUGGUUUUUAAACUUCAUUUUAAUGGAACAAAUAAGCUAACUGCAAACGUAUCAAAUGAACCACAUCCCCAUUUUAACUUGACCUAUUAUUUGACGUAUGAGUGAAACAAUUAAUGUUACGCAGUUAGGUCAGUAGAGAGCGAGUUAUUUCCAUAAGCAACUCUAUUUCUUACUUUAUUUUCUCAGUGUCCUCCAGUCAAAAUCCAUGUAAGAUAAAGAAAGCAACAUAAAAGAAUGAAAAUGUAACCACAAAAAUGUAGUUCCUGAAGACAACAGCAGUUAUUAAAGCUGACUGAGGAUUAUAAAGGGUUUACAUCAUGUUGAAUCUCACAUUCUCCUAUAACAGCAGCUUUGUAACAAAGUCAACAUGAAGAAUUACUAUUGUGAAAGUGAAAAAUGGUGCUUUGGCACAGCUGGGCAGUGGGAGAAAGCUAAAGGUUCCUAAUUGGCAUUUACCUCAGUCUUCUUGAAGGGUGCCAGUUCAAACCUCUCUCUACCUUGCUUCUUGCUGGCUAAUCAAGUACAUUUCAGACAUCCUUGCACUUGUGUGAGUAUUCACCGUUGCUGGCUGUCACCCAUUCAGUCCAUUAAAACCAGGAAAAACCUGUGUGGGAGUGAGUGACCCUUUGGCUUAGACAGGUUAAUGCCUGAACCUCCCACCCAUUUAUUCCAGGUUUCCAUCCUCAUUAGUGCGAUCAUUACAUUCUUGAAGUUGAUGGUUCAUUUGUGGGUUGAGGAGCACUAUUCCAUUGCAGCACUUGAUGUCUUAGUCGAAACAAAGAACUGCAGAUGCUGGUUAAUACACAGCAGGACAUAAAAGUACUGGAGUGACUCAACAGUUCAGGCACAUUUCUGGAGGAAAUAAAUAGGUGAUGGUUUACGCAGAGACUCUUCUUCAGGUUCUUCUGAAGAAAGGUUUCAAUCUGAAAAGGUCACCAAUCCAUGUUCUCCAAAGAUGCUGCCUGGCCUGCUGAGUUACUCCAGCAUCUUAAAUCCCUUUGGUGUAGUAGUAAUCAGGUGAACUGACAACCCACCAGAUUGUUUCAAGAAUCUGAAUUGGAACAGGACUUGCUAAAUGCUUAGAAAAAGGAAUGUUUUUUAAUAUAUUAAUUGUACAUUAACAGGUCGAGAGGGUGGGAAACAGCGAUCGGGAUUGCAUUCCUCACUGAUCCAUUUCUCCCACAUUUGGUUCACAUUUUAUUAAUCUACAAAUAUUCUCUGUUAGCCGAUUUUUUAAAAACUGGCUUCCUCUUGUAAGAAUCAAUGUAUCUCAGCCCUGUGGGUGAAUGAUAACUAGAUCUGUGUAAGAGGUAUGGAGACAUACAGUGCUAUCUAUCUGUUUGCAUCGGCAGUGGUAACUUAAGCUGACAAAAGAAGACAUGUAUAUGUUAGAUAUGGGGGCAUGAUUAAUUUAUAGUUUGUUUGUAGCGAGGCUGAAAACAGCAAAUAAAUGUGAAAAGACUGGUGGGCAAUUCAUUUUGAUAUUUUGUGUCCUGCCCCUGCCACUCGAUCAUUUAAAAAAAUAGAAUUAUUUGAAAAUUUUGAUUUCUCAGCCUGUAAAGGGUUGAAUAGUGGCUGACUCGCUGUGUGCUGCUAAAUUCAUUAUGAAUGCAAACUAACUGACUGUAUUCCCCAAGGCUCGAUCUGCCCAGAUUCAGCCUUUGAAAUGUACACAGCAGGUACUCUUUUUCAAUUUGUUCAACUUAUCCAAAUGUACAAGUUAAAAGCAUAAAGUUGACGAGCAAAUUUCACGACUGAGUGAACAAAGUCUUCUGUGGGGGAGGGGAUUUGUGAAAUUGUUCCCCAGCUGUCCAUUAUCAAGUCUGUAUGCUGUAGACGCCCAUGCCUUCUCCCUUCCACAAGGAGGGGGCUCUAUCAUGGGUGCUACCUCACAUGUACAUGGGAGUUCAUUUUACCUGAUGUGAUAGAUAUUUAAAUUAUCUACUGAGCCUGUUUCACCUGAGCUGAAUGUAUCAUCUAUGCAAACUGAUCCGUGCCGUGAGAGCUCAUCAAAAUUGAAGAUAAACUUGCCAAAAAAACUGCAAGAUGCUGUACAGAUGUCUCUGAUAACAGAGCAAAUAUUCAGGUGCUGCUUCACUGCACCGUAUUUGUAAAUUGUCACAUAUUUUGUUCACUGAGCUUUGUUAGUCUCGUUUAGGUCAAUUUCUGUCCAAAGACCCUUAUGAAAGGGUCUUGGGGUUAUUAAAGCUACACUUGUUCAAUGUCAACAAAUGUGUGGAUGUCAGAUAGUUAGUGCUGGCUCUCCUUAUAAAUUGGUGAUCACACCCUCAUUUUAACAGAAGGAAAAUGACCAAGUGGAGUUUAAAAAUAUGACUGCUAUUUUGUUAAAGAUCCAAAUAUGCAUUAAAAGAAAUCUGUAAAGAAUUAUUUUAUAAACUGAACCUGUAAAUACAAUGAAAGAAGGACAAAUUCCAAUAUGCAGCAUAUUGAAAGAUGUAAAUAUUUUGUUAUUUAUUUAAAGUAAUAAAAUAUUUUAUGUUUAAAAAUACCUUUAAUUUGACCUUUUGAUCAAAGUUCUGAAAACCAGUACAAUUUCCUGUAUGUAGAAUUUUAUUCCGCAAAUAAUUGCACUAGCUGUUUUGCACCCACUUGCCCUCCUAUUAGCAGAGAGAAAAAGAAACACAGAAAUUGUGCCUUAGCUGCCUUCUGGUGUGAAGAAGUCUGCUUUUGUUUGACAAAGCAAGAUAUUGCAGAUUGUCAACAGUUGUAUUAAAUGCUGUAUCAUACCAAAAAAAAACUGCUGUUGUAAAUAGAUGCCUUCUGUCAUAUUGUGUUUUUGAUUGCAAAAUUUUAAAAUACAAAAAAAAUUGCGUCAUGCCUUUUACAGUAUCUUUACUUUCUUUGUUAUUACUGUGGCUGCAACGCACGGGACACAUGGCUUAAGAUCUCAACACACAAGAGUCUCAUUUAAUAUUUCAUUAAGUUACACUUCUUCACACGUAAGGUGAUUAAAAUCUGGAACUUCCCCCAAACGUUAUUAAGUGAAAAGUUUGCCAUUGAUUUCAUUUAGUUCCUUGUUAGCUUUAACCUUUUCACUGCUAAGAUUUAUUUCACUUGCAUACUCUGACCCAAGAACCAUGGCCAUUCAUUGCAGUUAAGGGGUAGCUGAGCCCACCGUAAUCCAGUUGAAUGAUGAAGAGGCUCAGAGAGUUGUAGGACCUGCUAUCUGUCCUACAUUCCUCCAAUGUUCAGACAUUAGUAACUUUUGCUACAGUUUCUUGGGCUCCGUGCAGUAAUGCAACCUAAUCUGGAACUGACAUUUUAAAUCUGUAGAUAAAGCAUUUAAAAUAGUUGCAAUUAAAUUAAUAUCUCCCUGAUAUUCAAUGCAGCAAGAAUUGGGUUUUAAGAUGUAUUGCACCAAUUUCUUUUUAAUAUCACUGUCUUCCUACAACUAUACCGAACAACUAUUUCCAUUGUAUUCACACACUCACAAUCACAAUAAUACUUUAUUAACCAAGUAUCUUUUGCAACAUAUGAGGAAUUACAUUUGCAAAGUCAGCCAUACAAAUAAAAAGCAACAGAACACACAAAAUAAAUUUUAACAUAAACAUCCACCACAGUGACUCCUACACAUUCCUCACUGUGAUGGAAGAUAAAAAAAGUUCAAAUAUCUUCCCUUUGCUCUCCCGCGGUCUGGGGCCUCGAGCCCUCCGUUGACAGGAUGAUCUUGACUCCUGUAGCACCGUUUUGGCCCUCCACAUCAAGGCGAUCAGUCUCUGCAUUGGGGGUAUGUCAGCUCCCCUGUGCCGGCGAUCAAACCCCAUGUCGGG